AUGUCCUCGCCGCUCGACAAACUACCGCAGGAGGUGAAAACCCUGAUCCCGAAGGAGAACACAGACUUCUGCAGCUCACUGACCGAGGACGAGGCCAAGCACUUGAAGUGCCUGCUCGACCAGCACAAAUCGUUCGACAACGUCGACGCGAUGAUGGAGGAAUGCCACGGCAAAUGUGAUACGCUGCACCAGAAGUUUGGCUCAAUGCUGGCACGAAACAAGGUGAGGCUCGCCGGCCUUUCCGACUCGGCUGCUGCUUUUUCAAAGGAGGCAAUGCACUACGUGUGUGAAGUGAAGGGAAACCUGCUUCACGGCAAAGACGUCGACGCCGCCAAGGCCAAGCAAAUCCGCGAAAAUUUCGCCGCCCUAUCCCCGGAGGAUCAGGCGGCCGUCCGGAAGAACAAUCCCGAUAUCCAAUUC